GAUUCCCCAAGACAGCAUUCUCUUCCGCCCCGACACCAAAGAUGAGCGAACGCGAACCUGAGCCGGAGACCGCGGAGGAGACGAGCUCGUCGGCUGCCGUGUCCGGCGCUGACUGGGCUGAGCUGACGCACGAGUGCCUCGUCAACAUCUUCUCCCGACUCACCGCCGCUCACCUAUGGACCGGUCCCAUGUUCGUCUGCAGGUCGUGGCACCGCGCCUCCACCGACCCGUCCCUCCACUCGGUCUUCGACCUCGAGCCUCUCUUCAACUCAGCUGCUGGGUCGGCCCGGUGGUGGCUCCCCGAGUUCGAGAGGAAGAUGGAUUCCAUGCUGAUCUCUGCGAUCAAUUGGAGCAAUGGAUCUCUAACGAAAAUCAGUACUCGCCACUGCUCCGAUCGCGCAAUUAGCCUCGCAUCCGAAAGGUGCUUGAAUCUUGCGUUUCUCUCGAUCAAAAGCUGCCUGAAUCUCACUGACAAGUCCCUCUCUCGAAUAGCCUUUCGGUGCCCGAACCUCCAGGAGCUUGAUGUGAGUUGCUGCUAUGAGAUAUCCCAUGAAUCCCUUGCUCUGAUUGGUCAGAACUGCCCGAACCUCCGAAUGCUGAAGAGGAACCUUAUGAAUUGGCUCAACCCUUCUGAGCAUGUGGGAAUUGUUCCAAAUGAGUACCUAAACUCUUGCCCGCAAGACGGGGACGUAGAAGCUGCUGUUAUCGGGAAAUACAUGACCCGACUAAAGUACCUUGCGAUCCGAUUCUCGAAGUUAUCAGCAAGAGGCCUCACCUCGAUCUGUGACGGGUGCGUUGAGCUUGAAUACUUGGACCUUUCAGGCUGUGCAAAUUUGACGGGUCGGGAUAUCUCGAAUGCAUCGGACAAUCUGAAGAGUCUGAAGGAGAUUGUGAAACCAAACCUUUACAUCCCAAGCUCAGUCUUUCACACAGAGAUGUAUGGGCACUGGAGGCUUUAUGAUGAGAGGUUCCAGACGGAUGUAUUCCGUAUCUGAUCGGGUGGGUUUUUCGAGGUGCAAUGACUUGGGAAUGCAUGUUUGUACUCUUCUCUGCUCUGUAAUUCUCCCUGCUUCAUUGUAAUCAAUAUAAUCCUUAUGCAAGAAGCAUAUCUGUGUUGGACAAUGAUUUGUAUGCAAAUCUAUGGUAAAUAGAUCAAUUUGCAUUGCUUAAGCAUAUAUA